AUGCAAGUACUCCUUAAUGAAGAAACAGCAGCAAAAAAGAAUGCAGCAGCAGCAGCAGCAGCAAAUAAAGCAGCAUUAGAAGAAGCAGAAAAAAGGAUUCAUUCCCUUCAGACUGGCGGAGGCGAAAAACAACAAAACAAGAAAGAAGAAAAAGCAAACGAGAAAGAAGAGAAAGGGACAUCAAGGGGCAGCAGCAAUAGCAGCAGCAAUAGCAGCAGCAGCAGCACCAGCAGCAGCAGACCGUUCAUAUCCCCGAGCAUCAGGAGCCCCAGUAGCUGCGGCAGCAGCAGUCCUAGACGUUGGGCUAGCAGCAGCAGCAGCAGCAGCAAGAAACGCGUGAGGAGCCGCUCUGGCGACAGCAGCAGCAGAAGCUGCAGCAGAACCAGAUGCAGCAGCAAACGAAGGUCCGACAGCAACAGCGUCAGCAAGCAAAGGUCUGACAACAACAGCAGCAGCAACAACAACAGCAGGAUACUGGGCAGCAGCAGCAGCAGCAGCAGCAGCAACAGCGAAACCGUAGGCCCUCUCAGUCCCUUAAGUGGCGUAACUAGCAGGAAGUACAAAGGAGACAGCAAAUCAGCAAUAGCAGCAACAGCAACUCCCGGCAUUACUGCAAGCAGCAGCAGCAGCAGCAACAGAAGCAGCAGCAGCAACAGAUUCAGCAGCAGCAGCAGCAGCAGCAAUUGUUUCCCGCAGAAUCUUGGGGACGUGACAGAAGAAGACGAAAUAGAAGAAGAAACAACUGUAGCCCAACAGCAGCAGCAGCAGCAGCAGCAACAGCAGCAGCAGCAGAGGGAACCUAAAGAAGCAAAAGGCCUGCUUCCCCAAUUGACGCCUCCUACUGCAGGAGCAUCAACUGCAGCAGCAGCAACUGCAGCAGCAGCGGCAGCAGCAGCAGCAGCAGGGUCAAGGUUUAACGUAUUAUCUCCAUCUAUUGACAAUUUGUUUAUAAAUACAAAAGAAAGACAACAAGAAACAACAACAGGGAUGACAAACAGUGACAAACUGCAGAAGCAGCAGCAGCAACUGCAGCAAGAGCAGCAGCAACUGCAGCAGCAGCAGGAGCAGCAAGAAAGGUGCAUCGAUGUAGCAGAUAGUCCGAUAGAAAUCAUAGGAAAUCCCCAAGAUGAUCAAGAGAAGAAUCAACAAGAGCAGCAGCAACAGCAGCAGCAGCAGCAGCAACAGCAGCAGCAACAACAGCAGCAAGAUGGGGAAGAAGAAGGAGAAAAAGAAGAAAAAGAAGAAGAGAGAAGAGAGAAGAGGGAAAGACUAACAGAAGAUAUUCAUAUUAACUAUGAAGAAUGGACAAGAAUGGCAUCAUGGAGGUAA